AUGACGUUGGCUACAAAAUACAAUAGCAUGACUUCACCACUAGCGCUCCUACAAUUGAUACUGUUUAUUACUUUCUCGUCAUCCGAAGCGGCGUCAACGGGUUCGUCAAGUUCAAAAACGCCUGCUCUAGUCCGGACGUCAGUUAUGCAUCCCGCGUUUGAAUCUGCCGGCAAAUCUGCUGGACUCAAAAUUUGGAGAAUCGAGGACUUUGAACCUGUGCCUUAUCCAGUAAAGGAUUAUGGAAAAUUUUUCACCGGAGACUCGUACAUUGUCUUAAACUCAAUAAAAGGGAAAAACGACAAGCUUUCGUCGGACAUUUUCUAUUGGUCCGGUACUUCAUCAUCUCAAGAUGAAGUUGGUGCUGCAGCGAUUCUUUCUAUUCAAUUAGAUGACGCUCUUGGUGGAAGCCCAGUGCAACAUAAAGAAACUCAGGAUCACGAAAGUCAAGCUUUUCUAUCUUUGUUCACACCUUCUAUACGUUAUAUGCCUGGUGGCAUAGCUUCCGGUUUUCAUCAUGCAGAAAUUAAUGCUGGAGGUGAAAAAAAAUUAUACCAAGUUAAAGGCAAAAAAAAUAUUCGAGUCAAGCAAAUUGAACCAAAAGUGACGUCCAUGAACCAAGGUGAUUGUUUCAUUUUAGACACAGGCAAAGAAAUUUUUGUGUAUGUAGGACCUCAAGCUAAAGGAACAGAACGUUUGAAAGCCAUAAAUGUAGCUAAUCAAGUGAGAGAUCAAGAUCAUUCUGGAAGAGCCAAAGUAAACAUAGUUGAUGGAUCAAGUACUCCAGACGAAUUUGAAAAGUUCUUUAAAGAAUUAGGAUCUGGAUCAGCCAAACAAGUUCCUGCGGCUAUAGACGAUGAUCAAGAAUUUGAGAAAAAAGAAACAGCAGCACCUGUCUUAUACAAAAUAUCUGACUCGCAAGGAGGGAAAAUUGUAUCUGAAAAAAUCGACCAAAAGCCGCUUGUUCAGUCACAUUUGAAAACUGACGAUUGCUUCAUUUUGGACACUGUUUCGUCCGGAAUAUACGUUUGGGUUGGCAAAAAAGGUACAACUCAAGAAAAGGUAGAAUCUCUAAAACGCGCACAAGUUUUCAUUAAGGAGAACAACUAUCCGGCAUGGACAAGAGUAAUCAGAGUUAUUGAAGGCGGCGAACCAACAGCCUUUAAACAAUACUUUGAAAAUUGGAAAGAUAACGGCAGUCGUACUCGAUUGUAA